AUGGCGAUGAUGCAAGGGGUGCAGAAGAACAAUCUGUACGUGGGAGGGCUAGCGGAGGAGGUCGACGAAUCCAUCCUCCACGCCGCCUUCAUCCCCUUCGGCGACAUCAAGGACAUCAAGACGCCGCUCGACCAGACCACGCAGAAGCACCGCUCCUUCGGCUUCGUCACCUUCCCCGAACGCGAAGACGCCGCCGAGCUCUACUGUCGCGUCCUCAGCCGGGAAGGAGAGAAGGAAGAGGAAACUGAGAUCAAGGAUGAUCUUGUGGCCAAGACUGAAGAUGAGGUUCUACCAAAAAUAGAAUUACACUGA